UUCCAAACAAGCCUGCUAAAUAUACGUUACCUAUCUGACGGACCAACGAGGUGGUAUUUGUCCUGUUUAACCUUAUUGCUACCUCCCUUUCACGCAUAAUUGAUAACGUGUGGGCGAGAGUAUACGCUUUGCUUCAUAAGACAGUCUUUCCUAUGUAGGCAGUGUUGUUGUUAUUGCUAACAGGCAGCGACCAUCAGCGAGCAGGCUGUUGAGCUAACUGUAUAAGUGACACGUGGAUUCUGGCAAGGCAGUGGAAAACUAGGUACAUUUGGAUAAUGAACUAGAUUUAAUUUAGUACUUUGGUUGGCAGGUCGGUGUUCCACAACCUAUUUGACUGAGGUCACCUAGACGAUUCAGCUGUCAACAUGGGUGAACGGAAAGGAGUGAAUAAGUACUACCCCCCUGAUUUCGACCCAGUUAAGCAUGGCUCCAUUAAUGGAUACAACAACAGCCACCCUCUCCGAGAGAGGGCAAGGAAGCUCUCCCAGGGCAUCCUCAUCAUCAGAUUUGAGAUGCCCUACAAUAUCUGGUGUGAUGGCUGUAAGAACCACAUUGGCAUGGGUGUCCGAUAUAAUGCAGAGAAGAAGAAAGUGGGGAACUAUUACACCACACCCAUAUACAGGUUCAGGAUGAAGUGUCACCUUUGUGUGAACUACAUCGAGAUGCAGACGGACCCCGCCAACUGUGACUAUGUGAUCGUGAGCGGCGCCCAGCGGAAGGAGGAGCGCUGGGACAUGGCUGAGAACGAGCAGAUCCUCACUACAGAGCACAAUGAGAAGCAGAAGCUGGAGACGGAUCCCAUGUAUAAGCUGGACCACGGUGGGAAGGACAAGGAGAAGCUGCGAGCAGCCCUGCCCUCCCUCAACGAGCUCCAGGACCACCAGUCCGCCUGGAAGGACGACUUCCAGCUCAACAGCAGCCUGCGCAAGAAGUUUAGGGUUGAGAAGAAGGUGAUAAUCGAGCAGGAGGAGAAGGACGAUGCCGUGAGGAAGAGGACCAAUCUGUCCAUCACGCUGGUUCCAGAGAAGGAGGAGGACAAGAAGCUAGCAGCGCUACUCACCUUCCAAAGCCCUGACUCCUACGACGACCGGCAGCAGAGCAAGCGCAAGGAGAUCUCCACCCGCUCCUGGUUCAGCUCCGCCGGCCCUCCACCAGGGAGCGCUGCAGGCAGCCUCCUGCAGAAGCUGAGCCAGCAGGGCAAAGGGGCCGCCGCCACCAAGGCCCUCAGCAGCUCCCCGGCCUCCAGCGCCCUGAGCCUGGUGCGGAGACGGACCGAGGAGCACCGGCCCGAGAUGUCGGCGGCAGCCACCACCCAGCGUCGGAGAUCAGACCCUGGGGAUCGAUCUACAGCGGCUGCCUCUUGCAGUACAGGAGGGAACCGUUCGCACGAGACGGGGGAAUCCACGGGGACAAAUUUGAAUGUGACACAGAUUCGUGUGGAAGGAAAGGAGACGUUGAGGUGCGUAGAUGCAAGUGGAGAGACAACCACAAACGGCGUGACGGGAAGAUCGGCGCCCGGAGGGGAUUGUGGGACAGACGGAGAUCACGCUAAGAGCUCCUGCCUCGUCCGCUCUCUAGUAGCGGACUACAGUGACUCUGAUCCAGACAGUGACGCGAGUGAACCGUAGCCAUCAGAGGACAUCACAGUGAUUACUACGGAUGGUCUCUGUCAGACCUCCUCCUCUAGGUUCUGUGCUUUUGUGUGCUGUGUCAAGUACCACACAUUACAUCUGUCUGUCAUCAUGAGUAUCAGGUGAGGAUGCAGUUGUUGAUCAUAAGCUCCCAAGAUGUAAGCUCGGAGAGAGAAGUCUGGGGCUUCACAAUCAAACCUGAACAUUUGACAGCAGGUUUAAACACACUAUUGGGGCAGUUGUGUAUACAUGAUGUCAAAAGGCCACUCUGUGAAUUUGUCAGUAUCUGUUUUGAACCCUUAGUAUUUUAAGAGAAAGGGCUUUUUUUGUACAUAUACUGUUGUCUGUUGUAAGACAAGGUACCGGUGUUGUAAGUAUAUACAUAGAUUCUAAUUAAAUCUCAACUUGAUCCAAGAUGUCCCCCUUUUUGGUAGAUGUCCUCCUUUAGCUAGCUAGAGAAUGGCAAUGUGUGAUGAACGUUUGAUUGUUAGAAUAAAGCUGUGUGUACACAUGA